AUGACGGAUCAAGGCAAGGCUGCUCGCACCCUUGGUGGUGCUGGGAGCGCCUUCCUUUCGCGGCCCCGAGGGCUUUGGGAGAGCGACUACCGCUUUGCGGUGGGUGGUCGUCUCAACCAGCUCGACACGCACAGUGUCCUCAAGCGCCGGCGUCUUCGGGCGCACGACAAGUUCCGCACCCGCCACGACGACGCCCUGACGAUCAUUGAGCGGGCGAUAGCGUCGUCGGCGGGUGAUCGGAAGGAAAGGGUUGAGCUGAGGGUUAACCAAACCGUACCCUCGCUCCCCGGACCUGCUCUGCGGCCGGACUUGCAGGUCUACAACCACACCACACGUUCGGUGUCGGUUGUAGACCUGGCUGUGGCCUUUGAAGACCAAGCCACAGACGACCCGAGGACGUCGUCGCUCGCGCGGAUUGCUGAGCUCAAGCGCGCCAAGUACGACUGCAUCAAGCGACACCUCGAGCGCCAAGGAUGGACAGUUCAUCUGUCGGCGCUCGUUUACGGCUCGCUUGGUGCAGUCGCCGGUGGUAACCUUGCGGUUUACACCGACCACCUGGGGCUGCUCAAGCGUGAUGCGAAGCGGCUGGACAGGCAGUUGUCUGCAGCUUGCAUACAGUCCAGCCGCCGCAUAUGGAACCUGCACUGCAGUCAGCAUCGCGCGAGGCAGCAGGGCCACGGUGAAGUUCAGGUCAAGUCGAGCCACGUUCAAGGACGAAGACAUGGACGCUCAAGACGAGAUGCAAGGGGCAGUCGGGUGACGGAGACCGGGGGGACUCCGUCACAUCAAGGCCACCGCUAG